GUUUUCAAAUGAAAAUUUUUAUUCUCAUGAUUCUGCUAUUCUUGAUUUAUCGUCUGCAACUGUUUUGUCUAGUUCAGUGUUUUUACACAGAAAAUACGAUAAUUUUAUACGUAUUAUUCUGAUGAUUAUUUAGAUUAAAAAUCUUUCAUCUGGUCAUAAACCAGUUUAUGUUAGUAGGUUAUUGGGGUUGUGAUUAGAGGUCAAAUAAGAUGGUUAUCAUGACGUGUACAAUGGCCUUCGUAGGUUUAACCUGUUACAGAUUACAAGUUUUCUUGCUCAAUCACUUGGUGAGUGAAAGUGGUUGUGCUGGUUUGAACCCAGUGCUUUAUCCUAGAAUACUUCGUCAGUUUCGGUGCGAAUAUUUGAAUCCUACCUCAAGAUGUCCGAAAAGGCAGACAUAGCGUUGAUCGGGUUGGCGGUGAUGGGCCAGAACCUGAUCCUGAACAUGAACGACCACGGCUUCGUGGUGUGCGCCUACAACCGAACCACCGACAAAGUGGACGCCUUCCUGCAGAACGAAGCCAAGGGCACCAACGUCAUCGGCGCAAAGUCCCUCGAGGACAUGGUCAGCAAACUCAAGAAGCCCCGCAGGGUCAUGAUGCUUGUCAAAGCCGGCUCGGCCGUUGACGACUUCAUCCAGAAACUGAUGCCUCUGCUGGAGAAGGGUGACAUCAUCAUAGACGGAGGCAACUCUGAGUACCAGGACACAUCGCGCCGCGUCAAGGAGUGCCAGGCUAAGGGCAUUCUCUUCGUCGGCUCGGGGGUGUCGGGUGGCGAGGAUGGAGCCCGCUAUGGACCCUCCCUCAUGCCCGGCGGCAACCCUGAUGCCUGGCCACAUAUCAAGCCCAUAUUCCAGGGCAUUGCAGCGAAAGCGGGCGGUGAGCCAUGCUGCGACUGGGUGGGCAAUGGUGGCGCCGGCCAUUUUGUGAAGAUGGUGCACAACGGCAUUGAGUACGGAGACAUGCAACUGAUCUGUGAGGCCUACGACCUCAUGAAGUCCGCGCUCAACAUGACGCCUGAUGAAAUGAGCAAGGUUUUCGAAGAAUGGAACAAAGGAGAAUUGGACUCAUUUUUGAUUGAAAUUACUACAAACAUUCUCAAAUUCAAGGACACAGAUGGCAAACCUCUGGUGGAGAAGAUCCGAGACAGCGCGGGUCAGAAGGGCACGGGCAAGUGGACAGCAAUCGCCGCACUGGACUACGGCAUGCCGGUCACCCUGAUCGGAGAGUCGGUGUUCUCGCGAUGCCUCUCCUCGCUCAUCGACGAACGCCACAAGGCAAGCGCCGUGCUGCAGGGGCCCUCGACCACCCUCUACAAGGGCGACAAGAAGAAGUUCCUCGACAGUAUCAGGCAGGCUCUCUAUGCUUCGAAAAUCAUUUCCUACGCUCAAGGCUUCAUGCUGAUGAGAGAAGCUGCUAAGAUCUACGACUGGAACCUUAACUACGGAGGAAUCGCCCUCAUGUGGCGAGGUGGCUGCAUCAUCAGAAGUGUGUUCCUGGGCAACAUCAAGACAGCGUUCGAGCGCGACCCGAAGCUGACCAAUCUGCUGCUGGACUCGUUCUUCAGCUCAGCUGUGCAGAGCUGUCAGGCGGCGUGGCGUGACGUCGUGUCGCAGGGAGCCCUCCUUGGCGUCCCGACGCCCGCCUUCAGCACGGCGCUCGCCUUCUACGACGGAUACAGGAGGAAGCGGCUGCCUGCCAAUCUCCUACAGGCUCAGAGAGAUUACUUCGGUGCACAUACCUACGAGCUGCUGACCGCCCCUGGCAAAUUCAUCCACACCAACUGGACCGGACAUGGAGGAAACGUAUCUGCUAGUACUUACGAUGCUUGAACCAAGCAACUAUGAACUAAAAUCACAAGUAACUAUGAACACAUUCCACUAUUUAUAUUCACUUGAAAAUACGCUUUAAAAACUGUCCCAUUUUUGUUUUAAAUGUAAAUAGUCUAUGUCAAACUUUAUUUAUGAGAUUCAAUUUUUGUCAAAAGAUAUGUUAUUCAAGUUUGUAAUAUUCCUAGGAUAGGAGAAUGAUAAAAUCAUUCUGUCCAACCUUGUUCCAACCACUACUUAACCUGGAAGAGUGAUUAAUUUUUGAAUUUUAUAUUUUGUAGUUGAGAAUAAACUCUUCGUAUAUUUAUUAUAAUAA